AUGGAACAGCUGGGUGCCCUCUACUCGCAUGACCCGCGUUGUUUUGCCUCCAAGCCUCAAUUGCAACCCCUACCAGACACGACCUCUCAGUCUGCGGCAAGGCUACUGUUCAAAUCACAUUGGAAACUGAACACAGAAUCAGCCCGCGAGGAACCUAGGCUACGGAGGGUACUAGGCCACAUCUCGGUGUACGAUCGAACGCGGACAUUUGCACAAGCCCAGGUGGCGCAGCCAUCGUCAGAGACAAGGCCGGAACCGAAUGAGUUAUCCGCCUACAUCCAACACCAAGUGCCUUCCUUCACGGAAUUCCAAGCCGCGCUCGAAGCUCAGCUGGCAACCAUUGCACAAAUUCGGGCAGCUUCAGCUCAAUACAAAAACGCCGAGGAAUACAACAGUGAUGAAGAGGAGGAGGAUGACAGCGACUACGACAGCUGCGACAGCUGCGACGGAGAUUGGUCUGAUGAGGAGGAGGACACCUCAGCCGAGAGCGAUGACAGCUGCACGGACUACGAAAGCGAGAGCCAGAGGUCUGAAUGCUCCAGCCCGACAUUCGACUCCGCGGACGCCAAGCACGACAAGGAAGAGGAGGAGGAUGUCUGGGCCAUUCGGCCUCUUAUACCCCUUGUGACCCAUCGCUCGGAGGAUUCAGGAUAG